AAAAAAAAGAAAGAUACCAAACUACUAUAACCUUGCUGUGUAGACUCUAAAAGAUAUUUUUCAACCAAAUCAUUCUGCAAAUCUGAAAGAGAAUAGCCAGUAUCAUAGGUACUGUAAAUGUUAUCCCCAAUGUUUGUAAACAAAAUCCAGCUUCAUCUGUCUCUCUCCUUUUAUCAGAUUCAAAAUUUCCUCACAAUAACUUUAAGUGUGUUAAACCACGCACCAAUUCACUGUGCGAGUUCUCGUCUCCAUCACCUUGCACACUGAGCUCCGUGCGGGUAACAUGUGUCGGGGGUGGAGUGAAGGUCACAUGUUGCAUGGAGCCUAUCUCCCUUCCAUCCUUAUGUCUGCAUAUUGCCUGUUCUGCUGAAGACAGUGACUGCAGCUCUUAAGAGAAGCUGCCUCUGUCCUGCUCUAGCAAGUGUAAUAUUUACCACCAGGGUGUCAGGAAUUUCAAUCUUUGCUUCCAAAACAGACGGGCAGCAUCAGGCCCCAAGUCAGGAGUGAGCUGGACCCAGGGUUUAAAGCCCCGAGAGACACUGGUGAGAGGGAAGACACCAGACAGAAACAUUAGAGAUGAUUCAAUUGGGAAGAUCUUGGAUGACAGCGCCAGCCGUGGAAAAAUCUGAGAAAGACUGAGCAAGUGCAGGAUUAUGUUGCUUACUACAGCCGCAGCACUGGUCUUUUUUAUGGUCCAAAACUACCCGCCCGGCUCUGCUGCAACUACAUGCUGGGAUGAGCUGCCAUCAGGAGGAGAAAGAAACAUCAGCUGUGUGGAGUCCCGGCCCUUCCUGCUUUUCGGCCACGGUAAAGCCAUUUUCAGAAUGGAAAUCGAUGGCAAGAACCCAAGGAGACUUGUUGCCAGGGUGGGGACUUCUAUCCAGCUGGACUUUCACUUUGCAGAGAAGAGUGUGUACUGGGCGGACAAACACGGCGGGGUCAUCUACAAAGCGUCAGCAGGAAGACGGAGACAGAAAGUGUUCUCAUCUGACAAGCACAUCUCAGGACUGGCAGUGGACUGGCUCCGGAACACAGUGUAUUGGACAAGUGAAGAAAAGGGUAGAAUUAAGAGAGUAGACACCAACGGGAAGAACGAGAGGACUAUUCUGAGACACCUGACUCGGCCCACCUCCAUUGUGAUUGACGCUAAUAGAAGUUUCCUCUUCUGGUUAUCUGGCGGCUUGAGUGCGAGCAUCCAGCGCACAGACUUGAACGGACAGAAACGAAUCAUUCUGAAAAAGAUGGCCGCUGAGCUGAAAACACUGUCCAUCGACCGGGAGGACCAAAGACUCUUCUGGGUUCAAGUGGAUCUCCGGGGACAAGGGAGCAUAGCCUCAUCAGAUUACAGCGGCCGUGCUCUUCUCAUCACUGACCAUCUGCCUCGGUCACUUUCUCUUGCACUUUCCAUUUUUCAAGACAAACUUUAUUACACUGAUGGUGAAUCUAAAGUGAUAAAACAGGUGAACAAGUACAUAGGUGGAGAGCCGGAAGAGGUCAAUGUCAAACGGUUGGCAAAGUCUCCUGUCGCCAUUAAAGUGGUUCAUUCCAGCAAACAACCUGCAGCAGACUCCCCGACACUUAGAGGAUGUGAUGAACAAAGUGGAACGUGUGUGGCCGUGUGCUCGGGUCUGGCUGAGACAGGUGUUUGCAGAUGCAGUGAAGGCUUCGCUCUCAACAAGCAAGGAACACACUGUGAAGAUGUGAAUGAAUGUGCCCAGUGGAAUCACGGCUGCUCCCUCGGCUGUGAGAACGUCCCAGGCUCCUAUUUCUGCACCUGCCCUCAGGGAUAUGGCCUCCUGCCGGAUAAAAAGUCAUGUAGAGAGAUCAUUCCAUGUGAAGGCAACACAAGUCACUGUGGUUCCGGCUGCAUGGAAACAGAUGAAGGCGUGGUCUGCGUUUGUCCUGAGGGAUCUGUUCUGACCGAGGACGGUCAGUCCUGCACGGGAUGCGCCUCUGCAGACAGAGGGGGCUGCAGUCAGGUCUGCGCCUCACUGGCCCCUGACAGGUGGCAGUGUGGAUGUUUACCCGGCUAUCAGCUCCACACCGACGGCAAAAGAUGCGUCGCUGCCACCGGGCCGCCGCCAUACCUGCUUGUAGCCCAUCUUUUGGGGAUACAAAGAGUGAAUCCGGAUGGAACCGGAGACCAAAGCGUCGUGGAGGAAUCGAGGGGCGCAGUUGUGGCUGUAGACUACGAUCCUGUUCAGAAACAUGUGUACUUUGCCAGUGCGUCCCAAAGGCGAAUUGAACGUGCAGAUAUGGACGGUGGGUCAAGAGUCCAGCUCAUCUCCGAGGAUCUGCUCUCACCAGGGGGACUGACAGUCGACUGGCUUCAUAGAAGUAUCUACUGGACAGACCAAGGCCUCUCAACUGUUGACUGCUGCCACUUGGAUGGACUGAAGAGGCAAACCAUCGUGAGCACAGGACUGGAAAAACCAACGGAUAUUGCUGUUCACCCCACAGCAAAGAAGUUGUUCUGGACUGACACUGGAGCUCAGCCAAUGGUGGAGAGUGCAUCUCUGGAGGGGAAAGAUCGCAGCAUCAUCGCCAACACCAACCUUGUUUUCCCGACCGGCCUGACAAUCGAUUACACCGAAGAUCGUUUGAUCUGGUGCGACGAGAGAAGAGCUGCGGUGGAGACUUCGGCCUUGGACGGUUCAGACCGACGCGUCCUGUUGGAGAACCAAGUAGGCCGGCCCUUCGACCUGGCUGUGUUUGAGGACAGGCUGUGGAUCUCUGACAGGCAGCACCAGCAGCUGAGGACCUUCCACAAGCGAAGUGGAAAGGAGCUGCAGCGUAUCCAUGGGAACCUGGUCCAGCCGUCACGUGUUGUCGUGGUCCAACCACUCGCGAAACCAGAAGCAGAUGUUUGCCUGCACCAGAACGGCGGCUGCUCCCAGCUGUGCCAAAGCAAACUCGGCUCUGCACACUGCUCCUGUCUGCCCAGCUACAUUCUGUCUGAGGAUGGAAAGAGCUGUCUGCCAGCCGUCACUUCAAACGAAACAACACUCAGCGUUGACAGAGAAAUUAGACCUGAAGUCACCGAGCCAAACUGGGACGUGAGGCCAACUGUCUUCACAGAAAAGAUGUUGUCAGCAGACCAGACUGAGUGCCGCUCACUCGGGUGUGAUGUCAAUGCAAAGUGUCGUACAGUGGCCGGCGUCCCCGUUUGUGUAUGUCUGGACGGCUACACUGGCGAUGGUCAAGUUUGUGUAGAUACUGAUGAGUGUCAAGGAGAAGCUCAUGAAUGCGACAAAAACGCAGACUGCCAAAACACAGAGGGAACGUAUGUGUGCAGGUGUCGGGCUGGUUACCACGGCGAUGGGUGGACAUGUCAAGCGCUGCCAAACUUGUGGGUGUCCACCAGGAGCCCCUCUGUCACCAACAGCUCUCAUCUCAACCGCAGCUCAGUGGAACGCUGCCCCUCCUCCCAUGAGUCCUACUGUUUGUACCAAGGAAUCUGCUACUACUAUCCUGAAGUGGAUUCAUACGCCUGCAAUUGCCUCUCUGGCUACAUGGGGGAGCGCUGUCAGUUCAAUGACCUGGAGUGGUGGGAUCUCCAGCAGUCUGAGCAGCAGAAGAGACGCACCAUGGUCAUCGCAGCCUCUAUGAUGGUCUUCCUCUUCCUGCUCACCAUCAUCGCCUUCCUCGCCUUCUGCUACCGGGCCAGAAGACUUCACAAGCAGCCUUCAUCAGACAACGUGAGUGAGACCAGUGUGACGGAGGAGGACAUGAGCGCGGCCAUCGCAACCAGCGUUCAUCAACUGGUGUCUGAAAACGGCAUGGAAACAAGGAUGGUUCCAGGUUCGCCAAAGAGGCCAGUCUGCCCAUCGUGUUCUUCAGAGACAGGACACAACCCUUUUUCUGAGAGAUUCGCCACAUCGGAACACAACCUGGGCUGUAAGUGUUCAAUGGUGAGAGCAGCUGCCUUGGAAACCACACUGUCCAAUGACCUUCACGCAAGUCAGUCGUCCAGCUUCACGGCCUGUUCGUCUUUCAAGCCAUGACACACAGCCCGUCCUGAAGCUCACCGGACAGACAACACUGGAUGAUAGUUGGGAGGAAGUGGAGGGUUGGAUACGACAUGUCAUCAAGGCCUGCUCAGUUCACGUGGAAGGAAAAGUGCAGCAAAGGAAUAAACGCAAACAUCUUCAGAUACUGUGUAUCGUAAUCAUCUGCUGCAGUUUUCAACUUCUUUUUCAAUGAUGUCACAAAACAAAUAACUCCUUCCCAUUGAAAAAUUGCGACACAUCUUCACAGCAAAUGUUCCACCAAAUACAUUGUUACAUUACUUUCAAUGUUGUUACACAGCUUCAGUCAAGGAAGAAUAUACAAUACAAACAAGAACAUCAUCGAGCUCAUUUUGCUUCGUAUGUUGAGAAUAAAUCUUAGAACGUGUCUAUUGUCUUUUAGAACUAGAAGCCAAAAGUAUUUCCACAUGUUUGACAGUAUUAGGUGAAAAAAAACAGCAGGAAAGAAGUGUUCUCCAUUGUUGUCGGCAAGCUGAAUGAUUUAACCCUUGUCUUGAAUAUGUAUAGUUUAUUUUUUAUACCAAGAUGUGAGCGAUAUUUAACAAAAUGAUGAGAUUUAUUUGCAAAGGGAAGACUGCUAUCCUUGUUCGAAUAUGAGACUGACACUUUCUGAAGCUGAGGUAAGACAUGUAGCUACUCUAACAUUUCUUUUGUUCAAGAUAGUUAAAAUUGACUCCAAAGCAGCACAACAAUGACUUUUGUGUUUCAUCUCUCAUUUGGAUUUUUGUCAGAAUAAUUCCAUUUUAAGGUGACCUUUCCUGACUAA